AUGAGUACCAAUUUAAACAGAACUACCAAUGAAGAGAAAAGAUAUCUCGAUCGUAUGCAUUUUGACGAAUAUAAUGAUCUCCGAUGGGCUGCUGAAGUCCACAGAACUGUUCGAAAACAUGUCCAGAAAACGAUUAAACCGGGAAUGUUGAUGAUUGACAUUUGCGAAAUGAUUGAGAAUGGAACGCGUGCUUUAGUUGAAGAGCAAGGAUUAGAAAGGGGUAUUGGAUUUCCGACUGGUGUUUCCCUGAAUAAUUGUGCUGCUCACUACACUCCUAAUGCAGGGGAUCCAACAGUUCUCCAAUAUGACGACAUCUGCAAAGUUGAUUUUGGAGUGCAUGUAAAUGGUCGUAUUGUCGAUUCCGCAUUUACCCUCUCCUUUAAUCCAAUGUUCGAUCCUCUGAAAGAAGCUGUUAAAGAUGCAACAAAUACCGGUGUUAAGGAAGCUGGUAUUGAUGCGAGGUUAGGAGAAAUUGGGGCUGCUAUACAAGAAGCAAUGGAGAGCUAUGAGGUUGAAAUUAAUGGAAAGACGCAUCGAGUCAAACCAAUUCGCAACCUCAAUGGUCAUUCUAUACUGCCUUAUCAAAUACAUGCGGGCAAAUCAAUCCCAAUUGUAAAAAGCGGUGACCAGACGAAGAUGGAAGAGGGAGAAUACUUUGCUAUAGAAACAUUUGGUAGCACUGGUAAAGGUUAUGUUCACGAAGAUGGCGAAUGCAGUCAUUAUGCGAAAAAGCAUGAUACUCCACAUAUACCACUACGCGUCGCGAAAGCAAAAGCCUUACUCGGUACUAUAAACAAGAACUUUGGCACGCUUCCCUUCUGUCGUCGAUAUCUCGAUCGUCUUGGUGAAACGAAAUACUUUUUUGCAUUGAAGAACCUAGUCGAUGUUGGGCUUGUCGAACAAUACCCUCCAUUAUGUGAUACCAAAGGCUCAUACACGGCCCAAUUUGAACAUACGAUAAUUCUACGCCCUACUUGUAAAGAGGUUGUUAGCAGAGGCGAGGAUUAUUAG